AUGCCGGGGAGCACAAAUAAUGUCCCUUCCCCCCCCUCCCUUUGGUCUACAGCCUCACCAGGUGGGUUGGUAACUGCUUAGAUAGCGCACAUCAGACAAGCAUGAGGCUUGCUUGGUGUGUUAUCCCACAAACCGUGGAUCUGGGCGGGGGACAGGAAUUUUCCAUUCCUCUCAAGGGUCCAGCUUUUUGCAAUCUUUGCAUUUGCAACAUGCGGUGGGUACUCUGGAGGACUGCGCCUCAGUGUGGACUGUGCAAACAAGUCCGAGAGUGACCUCAACAUUGACAUAGCCUUUGCCUACCCCUUCAGGUUGUAUCAAGUGAAUUUCGAUGUUCCCACUUGUGAAGGCAAGCGCCGAGAAAAGCUCUCCUUGAUAGGGGACUUCUCCUCUUCGGCAGAGUUCUUCGUCACCAUUGCAGUCUUCGCCUUCCUCUACUCACUGGCUGCCACCGUGGUUUAUAUCUUCUUCCAGAACAAGUACCGUGAAAACAACAGAGGGCCUCUAAUUGAUUUCAUUGUGACAGUGGUCUUCUCAUUCUUGUGGCUAGUGGGCUCAUCUGCCUGGGCUAAAGGACUGUCGGAUGUAAAGAUUGCGACCGACCCGGACGAAGUGCUAUUAUUGAUGUCUGCCUGCAAACAGCAGUCCAACAAAUGCUUGCCUGUUCGCAGCCCUGUUAUGUCAAGCCUCAACACUUCGGUUGUCUUUGGCUUCUUGAACUUUAUCCUCUGGGCGGGCAACAUUUGGUUUGUGUUUAAGGAGACAGGCUGGCAUUCCUCGGGCCAGCGGCACGCUCCAGACACCAUGGAGAAGCAGUCCAGCAGCUACAACCAAGGUGGCUACAACCAAGACAGCUACGGGCCAUCUGGUGGCUACAACCAGCCAGGCUCCUAUGGCCAGGUGGGUGAAUACGGCCAGUCCCAGAGCUACGGCCAGAGCGGGCCAACCUCCUUCGCUAAUCAAAUUUAG